AUUCCCGUUGCUGGAGCUGCCGGAGCCUGCACUCAGCCGAGCCGGAGCCGGAGGAGGGAGUUGAAGCACAGCUUGAUCAGAAAGAGCUGGUGUACCAGGAAAAGCUCCAGUCACUGAUAACAUCUGAAAACAACCAAAAAAAAGAGAGAGGAACCAAAAAAAUCCCCAAACAGUCCCCCCACAACUGCAGCCAGAGCUGUAACGCGUCCGGGGAGAGGAAGCUGUGUGCGGCCAAGGGCACUCGCCGAGCGUGUUCGCGGCGAGACAGGAAUGUUUACCCUUGCAGAAGUUGCAUCGCUUAAUGACAUUCAGCCAACUUAUCGUAUCCUGAAACCAUGGUGGGAUGUAUUUAUGGAUUAUCUAGCUGUUGUUAUGUUAAUGGUUGCCAUUUUUGCUGGAACCAUGCAGCUAACCAAAGACCAGGUGGUCUGCUUGCCAGUUUUGCAGUCUACUGUAAAUUCAAAAGCACAACCCGGCACAACAGGGAAGGCUGAUGUUACCACUGUUGAAACAACCACUGGUCAAGGAGAAGACGCAUCGAUGAGAACGGUUUCCUUUGGAAGUGCCCCUACUGUAACACCUGAUGUACCUCUGAGCAGAGCUACCUCUUCUCAGUAUCAGCCCACUGAAUCGGGUCAGGAGCUGAAGAAGGAGCAGAAAGAUUCUUCAGGCCGUAAAACCAAUUUGGAUUUUCAGCAAUAUGUAUUUAUUAACCAGAUGUGCUACCAUUUGGCUCUUCCUUGGUAUUCAAAAUAUUUUCCCUAUCUUGCUCUCAUCCAUACUAUUAUUUUAAUAGUCAGCAGCAAUUUUUGGUUCAAGUAUCCCAAGACUUGCUCAAAGAUAGAGCAUUUUGUAUCCAUAUUGGGGAAGUGCUUUGAGUCCCCAUGGACUACAAAAGCAUUGUCUGAAACGGCAUGCGAGGACUCCGAGGAGAACAAACAGAGGUUAACUGGUGCCCAGUCUCUGCCCAAGCAUGUUUCCACUAGCAGCGAUGAAGGAAGCCCAAGUGCUAGCACUCCCAUGAUAACGAAGACUGGCUUGAAAUUUUCAGCUGAAAAGCCAGUGAUUGAGGUUCCCAGCAUGACUAUUUUGGAUAAGAAAGAUGGAGAGCAAGCCAAAGCGCUGUUUGAGAAAGUCCGCAAGUUCCGAGCCCACGUGGAGGACAGUGAUUUGAUUUACAAGCUCUAUGUUGUCCAAACUGUCAUCAAGACUGUCAAGUUCAUCUUUAUUCUCUGCUAUACUGCAAACUUUGUCAACGCCAUUAGUUUUGAGCACAUCUGCAACCCAAAAGUGGAACACCUGAUUGGCUACACGCAGUUUGAGUGUACACAUAACAUGGCUUACAUGUUAAAGAAGCUGCUUAUCAGCUAUAUUUCUCUCAUUUGUGUCUACGGUUUUAUCUGUCUCUACACGCUCUUCUGGCUGUUCCGAAUACCUUUAAAAGAAUAUUCCUUUGAAAAGGUCAGAGAAGAGAGUAGCUUCAGUGAUAUUCCUGAUGUCAAAAAUGAUUUUGCAUUUCUUUUGCAUAUGGUAGAUCAGUAUGACCAGCUGUAUUCUAAGCGAUUUGGUGUCUUUUUGUCAGAGGUAAGUGAGAACAAGCUACGGGAAAUCAGUUUAAACCAUGAGUGGACUUUUGAAAAGCUGCGGCAGCAUGUUUCCCGUAAUGCGCAGGAGAAGCAAGAGCUGCACCUCUUCAUGCUGUCAGGGGUCCCUGAUGCAGUGUUUGAUCUGACAGAUCUGGAUGUGUUGAAACUGGAGCUGAUUCCUGAAGCAAAAAUCCCAGCAAAAAUCUCCCAGAUGACAAAUCUUCAGGAGCUUCAUCUGUGCCACUGCCCUGCGAAGGUCGAGCAGACUGCCUUCAGCUUCCUCCGGGACCACUUGAGAUGCCUUCAUGUGAAAUUCACAGAUGUUGGAGAAAUUCCUGCAUGGGUGUAUUUGCUAAAAAACCUCCGUGAAUUGUACUUGAUAGGCAACUUGAACUCUGAAAACAAUAAAAUGAUAGGGCUUGAAUCUCUCAGAGAGUUGAGACAUCUCAAAAUUCUCCAUGUGAAGAGCAAUUUGACCAAAAUUCCCUCCAAUAUCACGGAUGUGGCACCACAUCUAACAAAACUAGUCAUUCAUAAUGAUGGCACUAAGCUUCUGGUACUGAAUAGCCUUAAGAAAAUGAUGAAUGUUGCCGAGUUGGAACUACAGAACUGUGAACUGGAGAGAAUUCCCCAUGCCAUCUUCAGUCUCUCUAACUUACAGGAACUGGAUUUGAAGUCAAACAGCAUACGCACAAUUGAAGAAAUCAUCAGUUUCCAGCACUUGAAAAGAUUGACUUGUUUAAAGCUGUGGCACAAUAAAAUAGUCAACAUUCCUUCCUCCAUAACCCACGUAAAGAACUUGGAGUCACUUUAUCUCUCCAAUAAUAAACUCGAAUCCUUACCAGCCGCAGUGUUCAGUUUACAGAAACUUAGAUGUUUAGAUGUAAGCUACAACUCAAUUGCAGUGAUUCCAGUAGAGAUAGGUUUGCUUCAAAACCUGCAACAUUUUCACAUCACAGGAAACAAAGUCGAUAUUUUGCCAAAACAGUUGUUUAAGUGUGUUAAAUUGAGGACUUUGAGUCUGGGACAAAACUGCAUUACCUCAAUCCCAGAGAAAGUUGGUCAGCUGCUGCAGCUAACUCACCUGGAACUGAAGGGAAACUGCUUGGACCGUCUGCCAGCCACGCUGGGGCAGUGUCGGCUUCUCAGGAAAAGCGGGCUUGUUGUGGAGGAUCACCUCUUUGAUACUCUGCCCUCAGAAGUUAAAGAGGUGUUGAAUCAAGACACAAGCAUUCCCUUUGCUAAUGGGAUUUAAGCGGAGGUGACAUGCUCGAGUUACUGACUUCCAGACAGCAAAUGCUAAAAAGUGGGGGUAUUGUAAGAUCAUGCAUUUAGAAACAGGAACUCCUUGGAAGGCAGGAUUUACUAACAGGAUUAUAAAAGAUGUAACUGAGUGUUCAGUGUUUGCAGUGUUUUAAAAGAUUAUUUCCUGAAUUUUUGAGAGGAUAAAAAACCUUAAUAAUCUCCAUUCUUUUUUCCUUAAAUUGUUUGUAACUUGGAUGCUGCCGCUUUUGAAUGUUUACAAAUUUGCUUGCCUGCUUAAAGUAAAUGAUUAAAUUGAUGACCUUUUCUUACUAUGCAAGUUAUUCUUUAAGGUCUGGAUUUACUUUAGUGCAUUAUGGGGGAAAACCAAGGAUAAAUGUUGUGUACGGUAUGGUUCUAACAGCCCUUGAAACACACGUUGAUGUGCAUUGUUAGUGUUAGCCAUUCUCAGCAAAUGCAACCAGUUUGGCUGUGCUUUGAACUGCAGUAAAGCCACAAUUUUCCUCCGUAAAGGUAUGUGGUUUGCAUAAGGCCAAGUGUGUUUGCUCUCAUCAUUCACCCCCAAGGCCUCAUGUUUUUGGAUGAGGUUUGCUCUGCGAUCCAGUGUGCUACUCCUCCAGACCUGUGAAGACUCAUCCCUCUUCUGCAGCUGAUCUCCCCCAACUUUCACAAGGCUCCUCUGUCCCAAGCAACGAUGGGUGGUAAAAGGGAGAGGAGUAUUGCCACGGGCUCUCAAGCGGUGACAGUCUUGACAUUUGAACUGUUUUGCCAGGUGAUUUUGAAAGGUCACCAGGCAAACAUUAAGUACUUUACUGCUUCUGUUUUGCUCCUCUUCAGAGUUUUCAGCUGGGAGACUCGAGGCAUUUUACAAGAGUUGGUGAAUGUUUUGUUUUGCAGCCCUUGCUUAGGAAUGAGAGUGUCUGCUCUAUUUUCUAGACUAGUGGCAGUGACGUAAGAGAGUUGAUUUACCCAAACGUGAUUUGGCUUUAUCACCUAUUGCAGUGUGUCAUCCACACCUGGACUCUAACAGUAGGAUCACCCUUUUCCCCCAAGCUCCAAUAAUCUGAUGUUUUUGAUCACUUAUGCACUGUUAGAAAACCCUAAAUGUGUGCCAGAUAAUUCCUCAAAUAAAUAAAAAAGCGGACAGCAGU